AUGUGCACGAGUGAAUCGGAAUCACUUGAAUUUCCCGAUUAUCUCAUAAUAAAUUGUCCUCAAGAAGCUGUUUCAGACGUGAACAUAAAUGGUUUCGUUCGGUCUGUCCGUGCACAAAAGCGAUAUCACUUUGUCUCUCUUGGCGAUGGCUCUUCCCUCGAAUCACUCCAAGCUGUAGUACCUGUUGAUCAGGCCGAAGGUCUAACUAUUGGAGCGGCAGUCCGGCUGCAUGGGUCUUGGAUCCCGUCCCAAGGUCGUGGACAGAGCCAUGAGCUCCAGGUUGAACGAGCCGUGAUCUUGGGACCGUCCGAUGCCAAGACGUUCCCCUUGCAGAAGAAGUACCAAACUCCGGAAUACCUCAGGUCCUUACCACAUCUUCGACCGAGGAUACCAUUCAAUUCCGUCGUCCUGAGGCUUCGCUCGGAGAUCAUUGCGUCCCUAGUCAAAUUCUUCGGUAGCCGUGAUUUCGUACAGACUCACACACCUAUCCUCACUUCAUCAGACUGUGAAGGUGCUGGUGAAGUCUUCCACGUGUCGGCUGGUGACUCUGCUCGGUCCUCUAAAGAGUCUGAGACACCUAAACCUUUCUUCCGUCGACCUGUAUAUACGACAGUGUCAGCCCAACUGCAUUUAGAAGCUCUGGCUCAGGCCCUUGGCAAUGUCUGGACACUGUCUCCAACAUUUCGUGCCGAGAAAAGUGACACCCCUCGUCACCUUAGCGAAUUUUACAUGCUAGAGGCAGAAGUAAGCUUCGCCGACAAGUUGGACUCCGUAAUGGACCUUGUUGAAGAUAUGCUAAGACAUAUCUGCACCGAUCUCAACGGAUCGAGAUGUAAGAGUGAGAUCCUAGCACGCGUAGGUGAAGGCUCCUCAGGCCUGACCACAGCGGAACAGGUCUCCCAACGUUGGGAUGGUCUUGCACGGAAAGCCUGGCCUCGCAUUACCUACAGAGAGGCCAUUGAACUGCUGAAGCAGUCCGAGGUGCCCUUUAUUCACAGUCCUCAUUGGGGCAAAGAUCUUCACACUGAACAUGAGAAAUAUAUUGCUAAGAAAGUAGGUCAUGGCGAUACCCCCGUAUUCGUCACCAACUACCCGCGAGACAUCAAACCUUUCUACAUGAAGGCAGAUGCAGAGACGCACAGCACAGAGGCUCCUGGUACAACCGUCGAAUGCUUUGACCUCCUUGUGCCAGACUUCUGCGAGAUCGCCGGCGGGUCCAUGCGCGAGCAUCGAUUAGAGAACUUGGUAGAAUCCAUGCGCAAUCACGGGAUGGCUCCGAGGAUAACCCCAGAUGACAUUUCCGAGCCAUCAGAAACGGUUGAAAAUAACCUUAACUGGUACGUUGACUUGCGGCGCUGGGGCUGUCCUCCGCAUGGAGGAUUCGGCUUGGGCUUCGAUCGGCUGAUAUGCUAUCUCUCCGGUGUCCAAACAAUACACGACACAUCCGCAUUUCCCCGCUGGUACGGCCGAUGUGAUUGUUAA